UUCCCAAUUUCUAGGGUUUUAUCGAGGUUUAUCUCCGUUUGUGCAUCUCGUCUCUACCCUAGAAGAUCAUACUCGUUUCUCCCCUAGAAGAUGAGGAAGCUAAAGUUUCACGAGAAGAAAUUGCUAAAAAAGGUUAACUUUUUAGAAUGGAAGAGAGAAGGAGGGCAGAGGGAAAACCUAGUAAUGCAUCGUUACCACGUUACUGGCAGAGACGAUUACAAAAAGUAUUCACGUCUGUGUAGAACAGUGCAGAAGCUGGUCAGCAUACUUAAACAGAUGGAUGCGCGAGAUCCUUAUCGAAUAGAGAUGACUGAUAACCUUCUUGAAAAACUGUACAACAUGGGUGUUAUACCAUCUCGUAAAAGUUUGGCUUUGUGUGAGCGCCUCUCUGUGUCAUCCUUUUGUCGACGUAGGCUUGCCACUGUCUUGGUCAGAUUGAAGUUUGCAGAGCACUUGAAAGAAUCAGUUACUUAUGUUGAACAAGGACAUAUUCGAGUAGGACCCGAUACCAUCACUGAUCCAGCAUUUCUUGUAACAAGAAAUAUGGAAGACUUUAUAACAUGGGUAGAUACAUCGAAGAUAAGAAGGAAGGUCUUGGAGUAUAAUGAUAAACUGGAUGACUAUGAUGCGAUGAACUAAAUACUGCAAAUAUGCCCGUGUAGACCCCAUAUUACCAAUCAUUUGGAACUUAUUAAAUUCCCAAGUACUGUAUGUUCUGCUAUAGUGAAUUUUGUAGUUUUGGCUCGCUCCUUGUUACACUACUAAGCAGUUCCAAUUAAAAAGAAGUCGACCCCUUACUAGUUUUAUGUAUUAAUAGAAAGUGAUGUUUUUUUUACUUGUUUCUCAAUCCUGAGGUAAUUGAAAUAUUAAUUUCCUUUU